AUGAGAUUUCAAUUCCUUGCUCUCCUCCUUAUUUUGUUUGCUUCAGCCACCACGAGUCAAGCUAUUAUUGGCGGUUGGAGUCCCAUAAAGAACAUCAGUGAUCCAUAUGUGAUUGAAUUAGCCAAUUUUGCAGUUGUCGAGAACAACAAGCAAAAAGGAGAAACAUUGAAGUUUGAAAAACUUAUCAAGGGUGAAUCACAGGUUGUUGUCGGGACCAAUUACCGCCUCACUCUUUCUGCCAAAAACGGUUGGUCUUCUAACAACUAUGAAGCCGUUGUGUGGGAUCUAAAGCAUUUAAGGAAACUCACUUCCUUUGAACGUGCUUGA